AUGUGUCUUCCUAGCAGCAUUUGUAGCUUGAAUUCGCUUCAACAUCUUAAUCUUUGUGAGUGCUCAAAUUUUGACAACUUGUCGGAGAACCUAGGGAAUCUCAAAGGUCUCUAUGAUCUUGAUUUGAGUGGAACAAAAAUAAAAGAGUUGCCUUCAUCAAUUGAAGGCUUGACGACCCUUAAUUCAUUGACUCUCGUAGAUUGUGAGGAUCUUGUAUGCCUUCCUAGCACCAUUUGUAGCUUGAAUUCGCUUCAACAUCUUAAUCUUUGUGGGUGCUCAAAUUUUGACAACUUGCCGGAGAACCUAGGGAAUCUCAAAGGUCUCUAUGAUCUUGAUUUGAGUGGAACAAAAAUAAAAGAGUUGCCUUCAUCAAUUGAAGGCUUGACGACCCUUAAUUCAUUGACUCUCGAAGAUUGUAAGAAUCUUGUGUGCCUUCCUAGCACCAUUUGUAGCUUGAGUUCGCUUCAACGUCUUAAUCUUUGUGGGUGCUCGAAUUUUGACAACUUGCCGGAGAACCUAGGGAAUCUCAACCGUCUCUGUGAUCUUGAUUUGAGUGGAACAGCUAUAAAAGAGUUUCUUUCAUCAAUUGAAGGCUUGACGACCCUUAAUUCAUUGACUCUCAAAGAUUGUAAGAAUCUUGUGUGCCUUCCUAGCACCAUUUGUAGCUUGAGUUCGCUUCAACGUCUUAAUUUCAAAGGUUUCUAUGAUCUUGAUUUGAGUGGAACAGGUAUAAAAGAGUUGCCUUCAUCAAUUGAAGGCUUGACGACCCUUAAUUCAUUGACUCUCGAAGAUUGUAAGAAUCUUGUGUGCCUUCCUAGCACCAUUUGUAGCUUGAGUUCGCUUCAAUGUCUUAAUCUUUGUGGGUGUUCGAAUUUUGACAACUUGCCGGAAAACCUAGGGAAUCUCAAACAUCUCUGUGAGCUUGAUUUGAGUGAAACAGCUAUAAAAGAGUUUCCUUCAUCAAUUGAAGGCUUGACGACCCUUAAUUCAUUGACUCUCAAAGAUUGUAAGAAUCUUGUGUGCCUUCCUAGCACCAUUUGUAGCUUGAGUUCGCUUCAACGUCUUAAUCUUUGUGGGUGCUCGAAUUUUGACAACUUGCCGGAGAACCUAGGGAAUCUCAACCGUCUCUGUGAUCUUGAUUUGAGUGGAACAGCUAUAAAAGAGUUUCCUUCAUCAAUUGAAGGCUUGACGACCCUUAAUUCAUUGACUCUCAAAGAUUGUAAGAAUCUUGUGUGCCUUCCUAACACCACUUGUGGUUUUAAGUUCCAUGGUGCUCUUGAUCUUUAA